AUGAGGAGAAAGUAUUUAAAUGUUGUUUAUAGCAAGAUAUUAGCUGACAUAAAAAGUAGGACGGAUGAUGAGCAUUUCGAACUAUUAUUUAUGUUGGUCACACUUGGCACAUUUCUAGCUCCAACUUCAAGUGCAAAAGUUGGUGAGAAGUUAUUAAAGGUGGUAUGUUCAACUAUGAAUGGAUAUAAACGGUAUGAUUGGGCGACGUACAUCAUGAAUGACCUCUACAAGGAAAUGGAAGAUUAUGUGAAUUUGUUCAUGAAGGAGAGGGAUCCGUGCUGCACUGUGGGUGGCUGCUUGUACUUCUUGGUGCUAUAUUUGGGUGAGAAAUUCCCAUUGUCAAAAGCUAUUAACCAUGACCCAACAAAUGCUAUUGCAUAUUGGACGGAUCAGAGAAUAAAGGAAUUGGUCAACAAAGAGUCAAAGAGUAACAUAGGCCUAUUGUACAAAGGGAAGUUUACAAAAGUGGAAUUGAAGGAAGUGCAUCGAAGGAUGAUGGAUGCACUUGAGGAAAGCCAUAAAAGGCUUAGUAACCAAUUUGCAGAGGAGCUUAUGAAGGUGCAGCUCCAUCUACAGGGGAUGCCAAGUUCAAAUCUGAGGGACCUUGUUGACAACACAUGCGAUGAGGAAAGAGGUAGUGAUGAAGGUGAUGAGGAUGGAGAGGAAAGAGACAGUGAGAAAGGUGAUGAUGAAGGAGAUAAAGGGGUGAAGUCAUCAGAUAAAGAGACUAACAAGGGAGAAGACCGAAGGCCAUCAAAGAGAACAAUCAUUCCAAGUCGUCAAGUAACUUCUUCAUGGAUUUCCAUGUUAAAGCCUGUUAAGAGGAGAAAGAGAGUGAUAACUGAGAAAGACAAGAUUAUGGUUACAAUGUGUGAUGAACAAAUUGAUCGGGAUCAAUUGCGCACCAUAGGUGGAAUCGAAAGAGUGAGUAGCCCUCUGAUAACAAUGGUCGAUAGGGCAUUAAUGGCAGAGGCAGGUGAGGGAGGACAAGUGAGACGACACAUUUUUGAUGCUGAGUUCAUGAUGAAAAUGCUUGGUAACCCUUCACAGUGGCGAGCAUCAGAGAAUAAACGUGCUAUUUUGCCACAGCAUAUCGGGUACAACCUAGCUGACUGUGAUUUAAUAUUUGGACCCGCAAGUGUUGAGUCUCACUGGUUUUGCUUUGUGUUGGAGCCAACAACAAUGCAUUUUUAUGUCCUGGACUCCAUGAGGCUACCUAAUGAUAUGCCAAAGAAGACCAAGAAGAAGGAUUCAUUGGAAGAAAAAAGGAUGUUUCAUCUUUAUGCAUGUAGAGAUAACUUUUAUGAUAUAAUUGCAUUAGUCAGACCUCAACAUGUUGGGAAGAAGCCUAAGACUGAUAUUAUUUUUGCACCUGUUCCACAACAGAACAACAUGAGACAUUGUGGUGUUCAUGUGUUGAUCUGGCUAAGCAAAUGGGUCCCGGAUGUGACAUUUGACUUCAAUGAGAAUCAUGUAGCUGAGUUUAGACGUGAGCUAAUGUGGUGGCUAGUUAAUCAUCCGCUAAAUACAAGUCAUGAAGAAGCCUUAACUCUCCUCUCAGAACAGCAGAACAAGACAACCACCAAAAGACGACGUUUGUCAUAG